AUGAAUUGCAUCGUGUGGAACUGCAAGGGGCUCGGGAACCAACUGGCAGUUCAAGAACUUGCGGAGGUAGUGACCGCAAAAGCUCCCACUGUCGUGUUCUUGGCCGAAACACUGGCAGAUGAAGCUAGGCUUGAUUUCGUAAAAGACCGGAUCCGUUUUGACAAAAAGUUUGUUGUUCAGAGGGUUAACAGAGGUGGAGGUUUGGUUCUUUAUUGGAAGAAUGACUUGUUAAUUGAUGUUGUUUCUUCUUCUUUGAAUCAUAUAGACGUUAUCAUCAACAAGGACACAGAGGAAGCAUGGCAUUUUACUGGAUUCUAUGGCGAACCGGAAACUCACAAACGGCAGGAAACAUGGGUGUUGCUUCGCAAUCUUCAUAGCCAAAACUCACUGCCUUGGCUGUGCGCCGGGGAUUUCAAUGAGAUCCUAAAGCAGAGUGAGAAGUUAGGGGGGCGGAUUAGACCACCAGGACAGAUGCAGCUCUUCCGUGACACACUAGAUGAAUGCGGACUGAUGGACAUUGGCUUCAAGGGUUCUCCCUUUACAUGGAGUAAAUUUUGCAACAAUGGAAUUUCGAUUUGGGAGAGGUUAGAUAGAGCUGUGGUGUCUUAUGAAUGGUUCUCCAAACACCCAGGUACUCAAGUUCAUCAUAUUGACAGCACAACUUCAGACCAUAAAAUUCUUUGGAUUGAGCAGUCAGUCUUGGAUUGCUCACCGAGGAAAAAGCUCUUCCGAUUCGAGGAAAUGUGGCUGGGUGAUAAGGGGUGUGGCGAAACAGUGGAAGGGGUAUGGCAGAUUAACUAUGAAGAGGCAGGAAACACUAGGGUGAUCUGA